UGCUCAGUAUCUGUAUACAUCGUUGUGAAAUCCUCACUAAAUCUGCUCACACAGCCCGAUGUUGAACAAUACCACUUUGGUUAUUUUGUUUCCUUAGCAACUGGAUUUGUUCUGUACGGGGAUACCUUUACACUACCGGGGAAGGCUGCUCAGCUCAAGGGAGCAAUAGAGAAGUGAAGGUGCUGUAAAAAAGAUUUCAAAACACCAACUUAACAUAGUAGGCUACUACAGCAGUAUGUGUUAUUUUCUGUUUCUAUACGUCGGGGCGUUAUUUCUUUAUCUACACACAUGUUGAAAGAUGACAUCCUAAUGUGAAAUGUCUUUAUAUUUUGCAAACCUGCUUUAUGACCGAUUGGCGCUCGACUGCACUUAACUAAUAACAGUAAAGUGAAAUUAUCUAUGUAGCUUUUUUGUUGUUGUUUUGUUUGUUUUGUUUUCAAUACGUAACACUGCCUGUGUUCUAAUUUGUAUGGUUACCGUUCGUUUUCAGUAGGAGAAACCACGUUUUACCAGAACACUCCCGUCUCUCCACCUUUGCUUGCACGGAGCUGUAUCACCUGUGUGCGUCUGAUUGCUUGAACCUUGUUGACACAGCGGCAACCAUGCAAAUGCAGUUUGUGGGAAUGCCAGUGCUGCUGGUUAAAAUGAUCCCCGAUGACCCUGAAGCCCUCGUCUUCUGCACGGAUGGCAAGCUUGAGUCCCAAGGCAUGCUUUGGUUGCACAUUUUUACGCAAAAGACCAUUCCAAAUAAUCUUGAGCACACGUGAUACAUGGAGGACAUCUGUGUGGCUACUGUCUAGUGGUAACUGGUAACUUUUUGCCUCCUAAAGAAGCAAGACGAGAGGAGAGCGGGUCAAAUUGAUGGGGUUGCUACGAUUUCACCACUACUCCGUGCCUACUUGCGCUUUCAGCCACUCAAAAGACUCUCGUCUUCAACAGUGAUUUCUUUCACUCUUAUUAAAUCACAUAAAAGGCUUCUCUCAGCGAACAUCAAAGGCAACAAAUGUCGAAGAAACGGAAAACUGAUGAUGAAUUUGGAUUCACAAACGAGGAUGCCUCGCCGCACGCUGUCGUCAGCGAUCAAGGUCUGACUGAUGAAAAAGUAAAGGCCUACCUUUCCCUUCACCCGCAGGUAUUGGAUGAGUUUGUGUCGGAAAGUGUGAGUACAGAAACAGUGGAGAAAUGGGUGAAGAGGAAGAACAGCAGACAUGAAGGUGACUCCACAGUUGAGGAGGUCAGCAGGUAUCAGGACUCAAACAUGCAAGGAGUUGUGUACGAGCUGAACAGUUACAUGGAGCAGCUGCUAGAGACAGGAGGUGACAACAAAUUGCUCCUCUAUGAGCUGUGUAACAUCAUCAAAACAGCGACUAAAGCAGAUGGAUUUGCACUUUACUUUCUGGGAGAAUGCAACAAUAGUCUGUUUUUAUUUACACCAACGGGAGCGAGGGAAGGUCUGCCAAGACUCAUCUUGUCUGGUCCCAUUGCUCUUGGAACCACAAUCGCAGCAUAUGUAGCCAAGACUAGGAAAACACUGUUGGUGGAGGACAUACUGGGGGAUGAGCGCUUUCCCAAAGGCACUGGGCUGGACUCAGGGACUCGUAUCCAGUCUGUUCUUUGUUUACCGAUCCUCACUGCUAUUGGAGAUCUCAUCGGAAUCCUGGAGCUGUAUCGAAACUGGGGAAAGGACCCCUUCAAUCUCAGCCACCAGGAGGUUGCAACAGCAAAUUUAGCCUGGACCUCUGUGGCUGUACACCAAGUCCAGGUGUGCAGAGGUCUUGCCAAACAAACUGAGCUCAAUGACUUCCUGCUUGACGUCUCUAAAACUUACUUUGAUAACAUAGUGGCAAUAGAUUCUCUACUUGAACAUAUUAUGAUAUAUGCAAAAAACCUGGUGAAUGCAGACCGAUGUGCGCUCUUCCAAGUUGACCAGAGCAACAAGGAGCUGUACUCCGACUUGUUUGAUAUUGGGGAGGAAAAUGAAGGGAAACCAGUCUUUAGGAAAACCAAAGAAAUUAGGUUUUCUAUAGAAAAAGGAAUAGCAGGGCAAGUGGCACGAACAGGUGAAGUCCUUAAUAUUCCCGAUGCCUAUGCAGACCCACGCUUUAACAGAGAAGUGGAUCUUUACACGGGCUACACAACCCGGAACAUCCUGUGCAUGCCUAUCGUCAGCCGGGGAACAGUUAUAGGUGUGGUACAGAUGGUGAACAAAUUAAGUGGAAGUGCCUUCAGUAAAACAGACGAGAACAACUUUAAAAUUUUUGCAGUCUUUUGUGCUUUGGCCUUACACUGUGCUAAUAUGUACCACAGGAUACGACACUCGGAGUGCAUUUACCGAGUGACUAUGGAGAAACUCUCUUAUCACAGCAUCUGUUCUUCAGAGGAGUGGAAGAAUCUCACAACUCUGACACUUCCUGUUCCUAUGUAUAAAGAUAUAGAGCUAUUUCACUUUGAUAUCAGCCCUUUUGAGGAACUGUGGCCAGGCAUAUUUGUCUACAUGGUCCAUAAUUCUUGUGGAAAAACCAGCUUUGAACUUGAGAAGCUGUGCCGAUUUACCAUGUCAGUGAGGAAGAACUACCGCCGCGUACCCUAUCACAACUGGAAGCAUGCGGUUGCAGUAGCACACUGCAUGUACGUCAUUCUGCAGAAGCACCAGGGGUGCUUUACAGAACUGGAGCGGAAAGGACUCCUGGUGGCUUGUUUGUGUCACGACCUGGACCACAGGGGCUACAGUAAUAGCUACCUGCAGAAGUUCGAUCACCCGCUGGCCGCUCUCUACUCCACCUCCACCAUGGAGCAGCAUCACUUCUCCCAGACAGUUUCCAUCCUGCAGCUGGAAGGGCACAAUAUUUUCUCCAACCUGACAUCAAAUGAAUAUGAGCAGGUGUUGGAGAUAAUUCGAAAAGCCAUUAUCGCCACGGACCUCGCACUGUACUUCGGCAACAGGAAACAGCUGGUAGAGCUGCUGAGCUCAAGGACACUGGACCUCAACAACCACAUGCACAGGGAUCGUGUGAUUGGCUUGAUGAUGACUGCCUGUGACCUGUGCUCUGUCACAAAAUUGUGGCCGGUAACCAAGCUGACAGCUAAUGAUAUAUAUGCAGAAUUCUGGUCUGAGGGUGAUGAAAUGAAGAAGACAGGCAUGCAGCCCAUUCCUAUGAUGGACAGGGAAAAGAAAGAUGAAGUGCCACAGGGUCAGGUUGGUUUCUAUAAUGCUGUUGCAGUCCCUUGUUACACUACACUGUCAGAACUAUUUCCUGCAUCCAGUCCCCUUCUGCAAGCCUGCAGGGAUAACCUCAGCCAGUGGGAAAAGCUGUCCCGCAAAGAGGAUACGUCGGCGUGCAUUUCUUCCCAGUCUGUAGCCUCGGAAUCUGCACAGACCAUUCCCGUGAAAAUCGACAGUUAAUGGGAGUCUGACUGCAACUCUGGGAGCUUCUGUUCUAAACGCCAGGCUGUGAAUGCAGGGAAAUGAGACACUGGCAAGCAAGGUUAUUCAAAGAAAGAACACAUUAAACAAUCCAGUUACCUCAUCGGGUGAGUCUUUGGACUGAAAGCAUCACCAGGCAGUGACAUUAAGAGCUGUGAAGAAAUAGAAGAUAGGGACUAAUGAUCUGAUCACCAACCAUACUGCUUGUGAAUAUGGCAGAUUGGGUUACUUUUUGUUUUGCGGUCUACAUUUGCUGAGGCUUAUAAUUUGAACCCCUAGCUCAACACAGGUCCUUACUUUUAAGCCUAUCAAGUUUUAGGGGUUAAUUCCAUUGAAAUGGUACUUUUUCAUACUGUGGUUGGCAGUGCUAACGGGACAGUUUGCUAAAUAAGGCAGAAUCCUCAGACAUGUAAUUCCAUAUACAGUAAAACAAGUUUGUACAUCACAUAUAAAGUGAAAAAAACUAAAUAGGUAAACAGUACCUCUUAAUUUUAUAUAAAAGAAGAAAUCUGGAAUAGACAGUGUCUGUUCAUAGAUUUACACACCCUAUUCACAAACUUUACCCCAUGCACUUCAUUAUUGCCAAAAGUAGGGGGAUAACCCCAGCAUCCCUACAUAUGACACUUUAUUACCUGGAUCUCAGUAACAUCCGUUCGAGGUGAAACGUGGUGUUCCUCAGCACAUGCUCUUGAGCAGCACGAGUUCAGAAUCCUUUGCAUGGGUUUUGAGCUCCGGUGGUUUGGGUAAAGGAAAGCUAUGUCUUGGUAAAGCGGUCUGGUUCCAUUUGUCCUAUAAUACCAUUCCAGUAGCACUGGCAGUUUCAUGAGCCUGAUAAGCUAAAGUUCUGCUUCGGUGUCUCUUUGUAGCUCCAUUCCUACUCUACUGCCUGAUACAACCUUCAGAAUAGCAUAUAAACAUAAAGUGCAAGGAAAAAGUAUUACAUCUGGUUGAAUGCAGUGUGUUGCACUCGACAAACAAUGUCACGCUGACCCCUGAAGGUACUUUUCAUUCCUCCCUUUCCUAGAAGAUAGCUUCUUCAUCCUACUCUUCUGGAACCUACAAGGGGUGUUCUGUGUGCUCCAAAGUGUAAUACAAUGCAAUGCUUUUUCACGCAUGGGAUAUAAAAUAAAUACAAAGCAAAACAAACUGGAAUUUAGCAUUGAUACCUGGUUAUAACUGCUACGAAAAGAGCUUUGUAAAGUAUCAUAUGGAUAUAUGAAAAAAGGCAAUGAUGCGGUAUUGCUUCACUAUGUCAGUUUCCUAAGUAUAAAAUCGUACCUAACCGAUAUAGUCUCAUAGGGCAAGCACAUUUUGGGCAUUGGGGUAACAAAGGGGUAAAAUGAAAGCCACUCUUUACUGCUGGUAGUCUUGGAUAUGUGCAUUUCCUAUAUAAGAGCAAAGCGCUAUUGUAUGUUUGUACACACAUAGAGAACAAAUGGGCACAAUCAUAUGCCCAAAGCUUGGGGUAGGCUUUUUUCACCGAUUCAGGGUAGAAUAGUCUUGAUUUAAUCCUUGAUUUACUUCUACUAAAAUAAACAACAAAAAUAACUGAUAAACUGUAAGAUUAUUCUUUUUUUUGUUUGUAUAAAAUAUAUAUGCAAGUGCAAUAAUUUCAAGAUGUCUUAACUUCACAUUUAUAAAUUAUAAAUAUUGUAUAUGUUGUGUAAGUUUUUUUUCAUGUAUUCAUUUGCAGUCUUUCUAUUUAAAAACAAAAAUACUCUUUUAUGCUUAUACUAUAGAACAUGGAAACCAUUUCUUAUGAUACAGUUGUAAAUAAAUGCACAAACCAAACAGCCAAA